AGAAAGUCCAUGGUAGUGUGGAAUUUAACCUCAGAACAAGGUUCUCCCCUGUUCCUGAGACAACCGGACAACUAACUGCGAGGAAGAGAUGCUAUUCUGAAGCUCCCUGUGUCUUUGACAUAUUUGGAGCCGUUGUCUCUUCAGCAGCAGUCUCGGCACAGAUACUUCAAACAACAUUAUGGAGCCUCAAAGUCAGGAUUUGAAGACAGCACCAUUCUUGACUUUAGGAAGAUUUCACAUUUCUGAAGAUUAUGGCUUUCUUCUCCCAAGUCCUCUGACUCUAGGCACCCAGGCUUCAGCAGUCACAGGGCACCAGCUCAGAUGCUCCUCAGCAUGUGGAAUAUUCCCGGAUCAGCAAUCAAACCCGUGCCCCCUGUAUUAACAGGUGGAUUCUCAACCACUAGACCACCAAGGAAACCCUGAGAGAACUCCCUGGUCACUAUAGUCCUUGGAUGGAAAUUGCCAACAGACUUCCCCAGUUGAUUGAGAGCCGCCAGCUUCGAGCUCAAGUAAACGAGAUGCCGCUCUUGAACUGCCAGUUCCUCACAGGUUACCGAGAGUGGCGCCUGGCACGCCUAGUCCUGAGCUUUAUCACCAUGGGGUAUGUCUGGCAGGAUGGAGAGACACAGCCCAAAGAGAUUCUGCCAAGAAACCUUGCCCUGCCCUUUGUUGAGGUCUCCAGGAACCUGGGACUCCCUCCUAUCCUCGUUCACUCGGACUUGGUGCUGGCCAACUGGACUACUAGGAACCCAGGAGGACCCCUGGAAAUCAGGAACUUGGACACCAUCGUCUCAUUCCCUGGGGGAGAAAGCCUGCGUGGUUUUGUACUGGUGACUGUUCUGGUGGAGAAAGCAGCUGUGCCUGGGAUUAAGGCCCUGGUUCAGGCUGUGAAUGCCAUCUUGCAGCCCAGCCCAGACUCCUUGCUUCAAGCCCUGCAGCAACUGAGGGUCUCCAUCCAGGACAUCACUGGAGCCUUGGGACAAAUGCACGAUUACGUAGAUCCAGACAUAUUUUAUGCAGUCAUCCGGAUCUUCCUCUCUGGAUGGAAGGAUAACCCAGCACUGCCUGUGGGCUUGGUAUACGAAGGUGUCUCCAAAGAGCCCCUGAGUUACUCUGGAGGAAGCGCUGCUCAGAGCACAAUACUGCAUGCCUUUGAUGAGUUCUUGGGCGUCCGUCACAGCAAGGAGAGUGCUGAUUUUCUGUACAGGAUGAGGGAUUACAUGCCUCCUUCCCACAGGGCCUUCGUAGAAGAAAUUCGCCUGGCUCCUUCCCUGAGGACCCACGUCCUGUCCUCUGGGAACCGCCAGCUUCUGACGGCCUAUAACCAGUGUGUGGAGAGCCUGGCAGCCCUGCGCACCUACCACCUGGCCCUGGUGACCAAGUACCUCAUCACAGCUGCAUCCAAAGCAAAGGCCCAGAGGACGAGCCACCUCCCAAGGCCCCCUCAGGCCCUAGAGGAGAGGGGCACCGGGGGAACGGCCGUCGUGAGCUUCCUGAAGAGUGUCAGGGACAAGACGCUGGAGGCACUGCUCCACCCAAGCGGCUAAGAGACCGCCCUCUCACCGGCAACGCAAACCCAGCAAUCACAGGAGGUCUGUCCUUGUCCUCUUCUCGCUGGACAGUGGGCAGACCUGGAGAAUGGGACUAUUCUGUCUGGAAUAAUCUGAAAGGGACCUCAGUGCCAUUCACGUCCUUGCUCCCCAGAACACCACCUUCUCUUUUACUGAGAGCUAUUCACAGAAGAGAGUUUUCAUGGCCUGAAACUUAUUAUUCCAUCUCUAGUUACUGUUUUAUAGCAAACAGCUCUGGAUUACCCCUUUAGAACCACCCCCGCCCCCGGGAGCAAUAUAGAAACCCAAUAUAGAAACCCAAUCUACAUUUCACUAAUCAAAUAAAAUUGCUUAUGCAUGGA